CCUAAACCCCAUUGCUGCCCUCCUUUUAGCUUCUCAUGCCGCUCAAACAGUAUUGCUUUUUCUAAUCUCUCGUUUGGGUCCUGUUCCCUCCUUUUUUUGUGCAUCCAGCCAGUUAUCUUCCUUUCUUUUCUCUAUAUUCCCUCGUCGUUUACGAACCUUUCUUUUUCUGCAGCUCAUCGCUCGCUGCAUCCUUUCCUUUCCCCAGCAGCCGUUAGGAAGCAAUAGAUCUUAGCAACCUGUCCCCCGUCCACAGGCCGAAUACUUUCUUUAACGUCGUUCGAUCUUGUGCACCCAGUCCAAUUAUACGGAGCAACGAUACAAGCAUCAAUAGCCCAGCAUGCCUGGCAUCUUCUCCCGCAUCAACAAGGCGCGGGAUGCUCGUCUCAAGAAGAAGAACGCUAUUAACGACUUGGAGAGCACCUUGCCCGCAAAGCCAAAGUGGGAUGAUGCCUACACACGAUCAUAUGUAGAUGCAGAGGAGGUGCAAGAGCUGUUGAGAUGUGCCGUUAACGAAAUCAAAUCGCGAGGUCUUGACCAGCCAUUUCUGCUACUACCUUUCCGACCUACUUCCGAUCCCAGCGCAGUGCGAACAUUUAUUCGAAACUUCUUUGAUAAUAACCCUGAUCUUCAGGGCGAGGCUUUGGCGCAAGAGCUUCGCAUGUACGAGCCCAUUGUGAUUGCCGGUGUAAUCAAGUGGUGCUGGAGCCGUCUUCAAGGCGGUGUCGUAGGAUGGGAUGCCUAUGAACUGUUCAAAAUCGGAGAAUAUGGUACGUCCAAACAGUAGCUCUAUUGCCAGCUUACGCUAAUCCGUCACAGAUUCUAAACUAGCGCGCGAUGCGUUCCGAACUUUCAUUCCUUUGAGCGUUGAUAGCGAUGCUCGUCAACAUAUCAUAUUUUCUUUCUUUGACCUACUCGCAGCCAUUGCCGCCCAUGGCAAAACCAACGGUUUCGGAGGUCGCAAGCUAUCCCGCAUGGCUGCCUGGUGGGCAUUUGAACAAAAGGAUACCGGAAAGGGAUUUGAUGGCGGAUACCAAGCUUGGCUGAAGGCCGCCGAUGCGACAUCUCAUCUCUUCUUCGCCUACUUACGAUCUAUGUCUCCCGAGGGUGGUUUAACUGGAAUUGAUCUUAUCCCAAGAGCCCUUCAAAAGCUGCUAGAUGAUACCGAGUAUCCACCAAAGCCAACAAACCUCUACGUCUCCAAAACGAACAAACUUGUCAUGGUUGUUGACAAGGUGUCGCCUACUCCGUUUGCUCUGCUUCGCCGUGCCAGUCAUUUCCAAUUCCGCGAAUCUGACGUCGUCUUGUCAAAGUUUUCCGCAUACGAUGACCCAGUUGAAGCAUUGACGGAGGAAUGCCACAGAGUUCUCAAAGCCGUCUCGGCAGCCAACCAGUCUCAGGUUUCAAGCUUACUGCAUUCUACCAGCUUGCGCGAUGCUUCCUGGUCUCGAUUCGAAGAUAUUGGUUUUUCCAACGCCCUUACAGAUGAAGAAGCUGCUCACGAAAGAUUACAGCCAAUAGAAAAGCCUCAGGGCCUUCGAAGCACGCCCGCUUCAGGAAAUGAUCUAGGUCGUCCCACGACCCCGUCCUGGGCAGAUUUUCUUUCUGCUGGCUUUGUGGACGAAAAUUCAAACACUGGUAUGCUUUUACCGCCUGACCAGGUGCUUCCACCCAUUGAGGUCGGUAAUCGACAGCGUAGCUCACAGUCGCACCACCCUCGCCUUGAAUCGGACCGCAACCUUGAACCAGGCGAGCUAGCUAGCAUAGCCCCUUUGAACCUGGAUGAUGCAUUCUGGUGGGUAUGGAUGAGCAGCUUAGCGCCCGAGGAAACGGUUGCGCGAAAGUCCGCCUUUGGCCGAUGCGCAGUCAUCGAAAUACACAUCAGCAAUGGGCAAUGGUUGGUCCUCGAAGAAAUGGUGGCCGGUUCUGCGCCUGAGCCCAAUGAAGGAGCAUACAUUGCCGAAAAGAAAAGCUUCUUCAGCUGGACGAAACGGUCCCGAACUGUGUCUCGACGAAAGACUGUAACAGGAAAACAAGGUGCCAAACCUGACAUGGCGGGUAUGGCAGACUAUAAGAGCAGUAGCGCUACUGAAUCGCAGGCCAAGAUACAGGCCAAGGCUCUUCAAAUAAGAGCUAUUCAAGAGAAGGGAGCAAGGCUAAGCAUUGCGGAAGAGGAAGAGAAGCGUCGUCGUGAAAGCGAGGCUGCUGCUCAGGAGACUCGUGCUUCUACCAUUCCUGUUCAAAUUGCCGGAGACGCCACGUCAGCGAUGAAAUGGGCUACAACCUACGACAAGGGUGCUGUCAAGGAAACAUAUCUCAACAAUGAAAAUGCCGGUCGUGGGACCUCUCUCACUCCAGCCACUUCGAUUGCCGCAUCCGUUACUCCAAGUGCGACAAGCAAUGCUCCUGUUGAGAAGGCUAACCCGCCGCCAACGGUUCCCGCUAAGACGACGCCUUCAGUUGCACCUGUUCCUCCAACUCCAGUUGCCAAAGACGUCAAGACAGCUGUCCAAACACCAGCCCCCGCGGCGGAUGCUGACAAGCCAUUGCCCGUGAGAAAGCCUGUUCCUUCAAAGGAUGACACCAAUGAGCCGGCGCAAAAUGUAUCUGCUUCAGCAGAGGCAAAGCCACCAGCAACCCCUCCCAAGGAUGAAAAGCCAAAGGCCGCCGAGAAACUUACUGUUGCAGAGCCUGAGGAGUCCGUAAAGCGAGCCAGUAUCGCCUCAUCGCAAACGACAACACCAUCCCUUCCUUCUGUUUCUUCUGUGCCCCAGUCGAAGCCUCUACCUGCUUCGCAAUCCACCCAGACCAUUAAAGGCAAAGACAAGGGUGGGCUACGUAAAUUAUUUACACGCAAAAACAGAAACUCGAAGCUGCCAGGAAGUUAUUCUACUGACGCAUUGGCUGCCCUAAGCCAGACCAACGAAGAGGCACCUUCUCCGGCAGUACCUGCCAAGCAGGCUGAUGUUCCUGUUGCUGCACCGGUGGCUAAGAAAAUCGAGGACAAGGCACCCUCUGCUGCCACAGAGGAAAGCCUGGCCAAGUCAGCGACAGAGGUCACUAACAGCGAAGUCACCGAUGAGUCGGCCAAGCCUUCUGCUACACCUAAUGCUGAGCAAUCUAAGGAAGCUGAAUCAGCUUCACAGGCUAAGCGUGUUUCACAAUUUAACCAAGGCCCCUUGACGGAACAGCCUGCCUUUGCUCCCGACUCCGAAGAGGAUAGCACAGCCUCGACUCCCACCCCAGUUGCGAACGAAGCCAAAUCCGAUGCCACCGACACCCCUAAGAGCAGCUCUGAUGUGGCAACUUUGGUUGAGCGUAAGCCCACUGAAGAAAACGCCACUGCUGGCAAGGAAGCUGCUCCAGCCACUACCGAAACCCCUACAACUGGCCUCACCAACACAGCGGGCCCUGGCGUUCAGGAUCGAUGGGCUCAGAUCCGUAAGAAUGCUGCUAAUAGAGCUGCCCAGCGACAAGCGGACGAGCGCAGCCGCGACGGACGUCCUAAGCAAGCGGAGGCUGACGGCGACACUAGUGGAGAAGAGACUAUUGAAUCCCGUGUGGCCCGUAUCAAGGCGCGAGUUGCUGAACUGACUGGCAAUAUGGAAGGCACUGCCUACCCCAACAACGCCAACGCCGGCGCCAACGCUGCCAAACAGUAAAAAGGUCAGGAGAGAUUGUAAUCUUGCCUUGUCUUAUACCCGGUCAUAUAUGACAUUGGUGGUGCUUUCUUGAACACAUUGUUGCAACCACCGUAUACCAUCGUUAUCAUUCUUUCCUUGCGAAGAUACCACCGAGACAUCACAGUAAGCCAAGCAGUAUAUCUGCUUUUUAUUGGAGACAGUUGAUACUCAGAGAUGUCAUUUGUUGUUGUUGUUGUUUUUUUUUGCUGCCGCUGAGAGGCUUUACACUCUCCAUCUACUCGUCUAUCUUUCCUUCCUUGUUUGUACACUCAGCGAUAAUAUCUGAAAGUCAUGAAAUUACAUAUCAGCGAGAAUAUCACAGUUUAUUGCAAUACCUUUCGGUCCGUAAAAGUGAUCAACCCAUAUGUGAGACGUUUCAAAGUGUUAUCAGUAUCAUUAUCGUCAUUGUUAUUUGUGAAUCUUGAGAGUAACCAGAAUCAUAACAUCAUAUUUGGUUUUAUCUACUCUCCAUUUGAACUUCGGUUACUUUUAGCCGAUGUCUCCUUCACAUCGUUGUCCACCAUCAUGAUGCGGUGACCAUGUUCCUCAUAGUCCUCAUGGCCCUCAUGAGGCGCAUUCUCAUCAAGGUCGACAAGAUUACCCUUCGCAUAUUCAUCCUUCAUUUUAAUAACAUCAUCUUUCUCAAUUUCGUGGGAGCUCUUCACACCCACAAAGCCACAUUGAUCAAGGAUCUCACCAAUCAAGUCAGGAUAUCGAAGAUGUCCACUGACCUGCGAGCUCAGAUCCAGAUUCUCAAUGCCUUUCACACCUUGAAUUGCCUGUAAUCCAGCGACACCUCGCUCCAAGCUAUGCAUACGGUAUGCAAAGCCUAGCACCAUGUCAUUUUCAGAGUAUACAUUGAAGAUUUUGCCCGACACAACGUUACGGAGGGUGCGCCAAUGUGCCGCAUCAGAAGGAGCAGGUGUACCGACAAUGACAACCGUAUCUAUCAGGCCAAAAGCUUGUCGCUCUGCCAACGACUGCAGACAUGCAUGGAUAGCUACAGCUCCGAGAGAGUAGCCGAUAAGUGUUACGGGGCGCUCUCCUUGAACCUUGUUGAUCAAUGCAUCGGCUAGCAGUCUACCUGCUUUCUUGGAGCGGUUGCUAGCUCGGUUGAACGGGUUAUCCACAUUGGACGCAAUGGCAACAACUUGGAUCGGCCACAGAGCCGCCCAGAGGGUAGCCAGAACGGUUCGCUUGAUGAUUUCGGACUUGAAGGCCUGCCAGGCAAACGACGAGACAAGAUCCUUAAGAGCGGUUCCUAACGCAAGUAACGCCUCCAUUUCGUAUCGUAGUGCGAAGACUUCGGUAUCCGUGUUGAGAGCUUGCCAGGGCUUAGCAAUAUCCUUCUCGUCGUUCAGCCAGCCGUUGAUUCCGAUCGUGACCCUUAGUCUGCGGCAAUCGUGAGCCUGGUCCUCUGGUUUACCAGAUGCAACGCUAGACGGCUCUUCUUCGAGUGGAAUAAAUUUAAAAUCUUCGACUUCCUUGGCAUACUUAUCCAUCAUAGAACCCGUCAUUUUAGCACCAUACGCUCCAAAUAAAGCGCCGACAAGGGCGCCGUUCAUCCAGAAGAUACCCAGGAAGCUUGCAACACCGCCUAAUCCCACACCACCGAGGAUUCCACCCAUGGCACCAGCAACAAGAGGAGCAGCCAGACCACCCGUGACACCAAUGAUGGUAGCUCCAGCCACCGAUGCGAGGCCGACCUUCCAGUAGCGACUAACUUUAUUCUCUUGUUGACGCUUUGCCGUUUCGGCUUCUGCUGACAUUCUUUCUUUUUUGGCCUUCUUAGAUGUAGAUGACUCAAUUAGAGACUUCGCUAUCUCACUCUCUUCCUGGUUGAGGAAAGUCUGAGAUAUAUUGAGAGACGAGGCCAAGUACAUUGCAAGGGCUCGCGAGUGGGCCGAAUAUUUUCCUGUAGAAAGAAGCAGGAGAAGUAUGCAUCCUAUACAUUCCCGUCGAUCAGCUUCAGGCAGUGCGGUGAGAGGUGUUUUUGUCGGUUUGUAUAACGCUUGUAAUGCAUUGAUAUCGUCUUUCAGCUCUGCUUCAGUAACAACCACUUCUACGGUUGGCUUUUCUCCGCUCAGGUCGACUCCUUCUAGGGAUUUUGCGAUUUCAUUCGUAGCGUCGAGUCUAGAUUUUCGUUCUUUUAAGAUAUCUUCGGUAUCUUUGACACGGAUUAUCUCUUCGAAUUUCGGCAUAAACUCCAUUUGCCAUGCCACGAGAUAUUGCAAAGCGCCGAGCUGAAUCUCUUCAGCUCGUUUUGUGGUUUUCGAAGGUGCAUUGUUAUUGUUCUUCCAAGGUAUCGGUACUUUGACACUCUUGAUAUUCUUCAUGACACCAUCGAACAUAUUGCCAUUGCCUUUUGCAGGCUUCUUGUGUGUGCUAUCCGCAUCAUCCGAUACAGGCGGUGUCGUCGUGCCAGACUUUUGACCAUCCUGUUUAUGCUCUUCGGAGUCUGACUCUGUAUCUGGAGUGAUUGAUCCCAGCUCUUCAGGCUUUGCUUCAACCUGGUUCGUCAUAUGUAAGAGGAUAUUGUCAACUAGUCGCAGUAAUUCGAGCCGUUUCUGCUGAUCGAGAGCAAUGACUAUUUGCCGAGGAUCGGCACAUAUCGGAGCCAUCUUUUCUGCUUUAUGUGGUGUAUUAUGGUUGUAAUGAUGCCGAAUUGAGUAAAUGUGUCAUUUAGAAAGGCCCGACCGAG